UAUCAGGUCAGGCAGACCGGUUGUAGUUUUUAUGGCCGAUAUAACGAGCUGGUGGCGAAAACUUUGAUUAAACAAUUCAGGGACUGAAAUAAGUAAAUCAGAUUACAUAAUUAUAUGUAAGGAUAGGAAAUCGAAAUACAAUUACAAAAUCAUAUGUAAUUGUCAAUGGUAAAACAAAGCUUAAGACGAUGUUUGACAACCUUGAAAACAGAAAAUGAAUGUGAAUUCGUCUGGACACGGUAGACUCCUCCUCACCGGUCUAUUUAUUUACACAUUUUGGCAUGGUGUCAUAACACAACAAUGGAACAACUGAAGAGAGAUGUGCAAUUUAAUCCAUUAACAACAGCCAAUUUAUUUUCACGGGUGUUUUUCUGUUGGGUAACCCCUUUAUUCAGUAUUGGAAAUAAGCGGAGGCUAGAGGAAGAUGACAUGUACCAAGUGCUUCCCGAUGAUGCUUCUCAGGGCCUGGGAGAGGAACUACAGAGACAUUGGGAUAAGGAGGUUCGAAUGGCUGCCAAGGAACUGCGUAUGCCCAAACUCACCAAAGCCAUCGUGAAGUGCUAUGGGAAACACUACGCAGUGCUGGGGAUCUUUAGUUUCACUGUAGAGGUGGUUAAGGUGAUCCAGCCAGUGUUCUUGGGAAAGCUGAUCCAAUACUUUGAGAAGUACGAUCCAAAUAACAUGGAUGCACUCUAUGAGGCCUUUGGCUACGCUGCUGGUGUCUCUCUGUCCACCGUUGCACUGACCGUCCUCCAAAGUCUCUACUUCUACCACGUCCUGAGGACCGGCAUGAAGAUACGAGUGGCCAUGUGUCACAUGAUCUACAAGAAGGCCCUGUGUCUCAGCAGUGCAGCGAUGGGAAGAACAACCACAGGCCAAAUAGUGAACCUGCUAUCCAACGAUGUCAACAGGUUUGAUGAGGUGACCACCAAUCUGCACUACCUCUGGAUAGCACCUCUACAGGCUGUGGUGGUUAUCAUACUCCUGUGGUAUGAGAUUGGCCCGUCGUGCCUGGCAGGCGUGGCUGUCCUUUUGUUCCUUAUGCCACUACAGACCAUGUUUGGAAAGCUCUUCGGCUCCCUCAGGAGUAAAACUGCUGUCCUCACAGACAGUAGAAUACGCACCAUGAAUGAAGUGGUGUCAGGAAUCAGGAUCAUCAAAAUGUAUGCCUGGGAAAAGCCCUUCUCAGCACUCGUCAAUGAAGUCCGAAGGAAAGAGAUCUCCAAGAUCAUGUCUAGCUCCGUCCUGCGAGGCCUAAACAUGGCCUCCUUCUUUGCGGCCAGUAAGAUCAUUGUUUUCAUCACCUUCGCCGUCUACGUCCUCCUGGGGAACACCAUCUCAGCCAGCCGGGUGUUUGUGGCAGUGUCUCUAUAUGGUGCCAUCAAGCUCACGGUGACCCUCUUCUUCCCACUGGCCAUCGAGAAGGUGUUCGAGACCAUCAUCAGUAUCCGCAGGAUCAAGAAUUUCCUUCUGUUGGAUGAGAUUGAGAGACCCAACAUGAGAUUCACCCUGGAGGAAAAGAAAGACGCCUCUGUUGAGAUCAAGGACUUAAUUUGCUACUGGGACAAGUGUCUGGAUGCCCCGUCUCUCCAGAACCUGUCACUCACAGUGAAAUCGGAGCAACUCGUUGUUGUCAUUGGACCUGUGGGAGCUGGAAAGUCCUCCCUGCUCAGCGCUAUCCUGGGGGAGCUGCCUCAUGACAAGGGGGUGUUGAGGGUCAAAGGUCAGCUGACCUACGCCUCCCAGCAGCCCUGGGUGUUCCCUGGAACCAUCCGCAGCAACAUCUUGUUUGGCAAAGAGCUCCAUCCUCAGAAGUAUGAGAAGGUCCUGAGAGCCUGCGCCCUCAAGAGGGACAUGGAGCUGCUGCCAGACGGGGACCUGACAUUGAUAGGGGACAGAGGAGCAACCCUCAGUGGGGGACAGAAAGCUAGAGUGAACCUGGCCCGGGCUGUGUACCAGGAUGCUGAUAUCUACCUGCUGGACGACCCUCUAAGUGCUGUGGAUGCUGAGGUCGGGAGACACCUGUUUGAACAGUGUAUCUGUGGUAUUCUGAAGAAUAAGCCCCGCAUCCUGGUCACCCACCAGUUGCAGUACCUCCAAGCAGCCAACCAGAUCCUCGUCCUCAAGGAGGGUCACGUGGUAGCGAGGGGGACAUACUCCGAGCUGCAGCACUCUGGGGUUGACUUCACCUCCCUGCUGAAGAGGGAUGAGGAGGAGGAGCCACAAACCAACAACAAUCACUCAGUGGUCAAACACGCCUUUUCCCAGAACUCAAUAUCCUCCCACACCUCCUCCAUGCACUCUGUUAAAGAUGGAGCUGACCAGCUUCCGGAGGAGCUUGUCCAGACAAUAGCAGAGGAGAGCCGAUCGGAGGGCAACAUCGGCGCCAGCCUAUACUUCAAGUACUUAAACGCAGGAGCCAGCAUCCUGGUUAUGCUGGGCACAGUCCUCCUCAGUCUCAUCGCGGAGGUAGCGUAUGUUCUUCAGGAUUGGUGGCUGGCUUAUUGGGCAGGAGAGCAGGAGAAACUCAAUAUUAACAGCACUAUGAUUGUCCAAAAUGGCCUCAACAUCACUCAAGAAUUGGACCUCUGUUUCUACAUGGGUAUUUAUGCAGGUUUGACUUUGGCCUCAGUCAUCUUUGGCUUUGUCAGGAGUCUGUUGAUGUUCAAUGUGCUGGUGAAAGCUGCUCAGUCUCUGCACAACCGCAUGUUCAUCUCUCUCCUCCGGACGCCUGUACGCUUCUUUGACAUCAACCCAAUUGGAAGAAUUCUCAACAGGUUCUCUAAGGACAUUGGCCAGCUGGAUUCCAUGCUACCCAUUACCUUUGUUGACUUCAGUCAGUUGAUCCUGCAGAAUAUUGGCGUGGUGGCGGUGGCAGCGGCAGUCAUGCCCUGGAUCCUCAUUCCUGUCGUUCCUCUACUUAUCAUAUUCCUGUUUCUGAGGCGCUACUUCCUGCAGACGUCACGGGACGUCAAACGCCUGGAGUCCACCACUCGGAGUCCCGUCUUCUCCCACCUGUCCUCGUCCCUCCAAGGUCUGUGGACGAUCCGAGCCUUCAGAGCCGAGGAGAGAUUCCAGAACACCUUUGACACUUAUCAGGAUCUGCACACAGAGUCCUGGUUCCUGUUCCUGGUCACUUCUCGCUGGUUCGCUCUCCGACUGGAUGGAAUCUGCGCGGCCUUUGUCACUGUCACCGCCUUCGGCUGCCUAUUCCUCAGAGAUGGGCUGGAGGCAGGAGCUGUGGGUUUGGUGUUGUCCUACGCUGUCACCCUUCUUGGGAACUUCCAAUGGACCAUUCGUCAGAGUGCAGAGAUGGAGAACAUGAUGACAUCAGUAGAGAGGGUGGUGGAGUACACAGAGCUGGAGAGUGAAGCACCCUGGGAAACCCAGAAACAUCCUCCUCCUGAGUGGCCAAGCCAAGGCCUCAUCACCUUUGACCGGGUCAGCUUCUCCUACAGCUCAGAUGGACCUGUGGUCCUGAAGGACAUGAAGGCCAUGUUCAGGCCCAAAGAGAAGGUUGGCAUCGUGGGCAGGACAGGUGCGGGGAAAAGCUCCCUGGUAUCGGUGCUCUUCCGCCUGGCAGAGCCAGAGGGCAGGAUCUACAUCGAUGGAGUUCUGACCUCAGAGAUCGGCCUUCAUGACCUGCGCCAGAAGAUGUCCAUCAUACCUCAGGACCCAGUGCUUUUCACGGGCACCAUGAGGAAGAACCUGGACCCUUUCCACCAGCACACAGACGAGGACCUGUGGAACGCUCUCCAAGAGGUCCAGCUGAAGUCUGUUGUGGAGGAGCUGCCCAAUAAGAUGGAGACGGUUCUGGCUGAGUCGGGCUCCAACUUCAGUGUGGGUCAGAGGCAGCUGGUCUGUCUCGCCCGAGCCGUCCUGAGGAAGAACCGCAUCAUCAUCAUUGACGAGGCCACGGCCAACGUGGACCCCAGAACAGACGAGCUGAUCCAGAAGACAAUACGAGACAAAUUCAGGGAGUGCACCGUGCUCACCAUCGCCCACCGCCUCAACACCAUCAUAGACAGCGACCGCAUUCUGGUGCUAGGCGCUGGUAUGAUCCAGGAGUUUGACGAGCCGUACGUCCUGCUUCAGAACCAGGAAAGUGCCCUCUACAGGACAGUCCAGCAGAUGGGCAAGGCUGAGGCAGCUUCCUUGCUGGAAUCAGCCAAACAGGCGUAUAUGAACAACGGCAACAACCAUGGUCCAAAAAUGGCCAUGGCCUUUGAGACGGUUGUGUGACGGUGCAGGGGCUUGACGAGCAGAAAGAGAUAUCACAUAUCUGCCCAAUUUAUAUUUUUGUUCCACUAAUUGAUCUUUUAACCAAUCACAUCACCCUGGCUGUGUAAACACAGCCAGUCAUUUUAAAAUGGUAAGUUGUUGAUUACUUGUUUGCUUGCAAAAUCAGAAAAGAUUUAUGGAACUGACUUUAUUUAAUAAUAUGCAGUGCUUUAUCAGCUUUUUAAAAAUUUAAAUAAGGAAGCAAAAUGUGUUUCCUUAGACACUUUGAUGUGUGUUCCAUCUUUAAUACUACUUUCAUUGACAAUCAUAAGAAUAGUGUUACAACAAUGGAAGUAGCAUUGCAUUUUCAUACUUUGUGCCUCAGUCUUUUACAUUUUGAACUGCUGCUACUCCUAUUGAUUUAUUCUACUGCACAGUAUCCUGACAUCAUGCUGCACUGUGCAAUGGAACUAAUUGGCGUGUGUAUUCAUAUACUAGACGUGCAAUAGAAAAUUACACUUCACCAUUGUACGCACAUGAAAAGUCAUGCUGUCAUUAUGCUAUAAGAGAUUCAGGGAUUUUCUUGAGGAUUAACUUGACCAAAGUGAGUAACCCAUGUAUGUCACGUUGUUUGCAUGAGUGAAAGCUGUGUGAUGGUUGUAAGGACAAUCUAGAUCAUUUUACAAGCAGGAAUACCUACCCGUCAAUGUGAAAAUGCAUUGAACUUUAAACUUAUCUUGAACUUUGACUUGAUCCCUAAUGGGGCAGUAUAGAGAGACCUUGACCUUAGCUUUAAAAAAUGUAUAAUUUUGAUUCCAUUGGUUUUGCAGUGGAUGUAAAAUUAAAUUGUUUUCCCAAA